CGCCCUCCCGGCAGCCCCAGCCCCGGCGAGCGCCCAGUUAGCCGCUUCCAGCAGGGGCUCCGGAGAGCAGCUCGGCAGCCCUGGCCGGGCAGCCGAGGCCAUGGCAGCCUCCACAGGUUGCUGAUCGCGGCCGGGCAGCUGCAGCAGCGACUGCAGAGGCGCUGCGCCAAGCCGGGCCGGAGCGGUGCGAGCCCGCGCGGCCGCAGAGGGCGAGUGGACUCAGGGUUGUUGGGAGGCGUCGAUGGCAGAAUACGGGAAGCCCCGAGCCACACACCAGCGGGCACUCUGGGAAGGUGACGCCGAGACUAGCCCAGCGUAAUUUGGGGGUCCUGGUCCUGCUCUGGGAGCCUCCAGCCUGCAGCUCCCGCCGAGAGCGGGGUCUGAGUGUCAGGGGCCCAGGGGGCUGGCGUGUAGUAUAGAGGACUCGGUGCUGCUGGGUGUCGGGCGGCGCUGCCGAUGCCUGUGUGACCUUGGGCGAGGCCUCUGCUCCGUGCCCACGGUCGCCCAUCUGGAGAGCACGGGGUUGGACUGAUGAUCUCUGGCUGCCCUGAGGCUCUGCCAGUCAUUUUAAGUCGGGUGCCCGGAGCCAGCUGCGGCCAGAGCCUGGCCUGCCAGGCCCUCGCUCCGUCCUGGGUGCCCUGCUGAAGGGUGAAAGGAGAAGCCAUGCCGGGCAGCGGCCCCAGCGAGAGGAUGACGUGGCCCGGCCCGGCCCUCGCCGCGGCCCCCCCAAUGCGCCCUCUCUCCUCAGCCCCGGGGACACCACCCAUCCCACCCCUCACCCGGACCCGCAGCCUCAUGGCCAUGUCCCUGCAGGGCAGUAGACGGGCCUCUGCUGGAUCCCGCAGUGGGGGCGCUUUGGGCCGCAGCGGCCUGGCAGUGCUCUCCCAGUGUCCGCAGCUGCCCACCAGCCAGAACGAGCACCUGCCCCUUCUUCCCGCCUCCAGGCGCACCUCUCCGCCCGUGAGCAUGCGGGACGCCUACGGCACCUCCUCUCUCAGCGGCAGCAGCACCUCGGGCUCCUGCAAGGGCAGCGAUGGCAGCCCCACGCCCAGGCGCUCCAUGAAGUACAUGCUGUGCAGCGACAACCACGGCAUCAAGCCGCCCACCCCAGAGCAGUACCUGACGCCGCUGCAGCAGAAGGAGGUGUGCAUCCGGCACCUGAAGGCCAGGCUGAAGGACACGCAGGACCGGCUCCAGGACCGGGACACCGAGAUCGACGACCUGAAGACACAGCUGUCGCGCAUGCAGGAGGACUGGAUCGAGGAGGAGUGCCGCCGCGUGGAAGCCCAGCUGGCCCUGAAGGAGGCCCGCAAGGAGAUCAGGCAGCUCAAGCAGGUCAUCGACACCGUCAAGAACAACCUGAUGGACAAGGACAAGGGGCUGCAGAAGUACUUCACGGACAUCAACAUCCAGAACAAGAAGCUGGAGACGCUGCUGCACAGCAUGGAGGUGGCCCAGGACGGCACGGCCAAGGAGGACAGCGUCGGGGAGUCAGCAGGCGGCUCCCCCGCCCGCUCCCUCACCCGCAGCUCCACCUACACCAAGCUGAGCGACCCGGCCGUCUGCGGGGACCAGCCCCCCGGGGACCACCCUGGCUCCUCCACGGAGGACGGGGCUGACAGUGGCUUCGCAGCCAACGAUGACGCCAUGAGCCGGACGGACGUGCUGGAGGCCAGCAGCCUGCUGUCGUCGGGGGUGGACUGCGGCCCCGAGGAGGCCUCGCUGCCCAGCUCCUUCAGCCUGGGGCCCCGCUGCCCGGCCAGCAGCACCUACGAGAAGCUGUUGUGCGGGAUGGAGGCCGGCGUGCAGGCCAGCUGCAUGCAGGAGCGCGCCAUCCAGACAGACUCGCUGCAGUACCAGCCUGACCUAGACACCAUCCUGGAGAAGGUGACCCAGGCCCAGGUCUGCGGGACGGGUCCCGAGUCAGGGGGCAGGCGCCCGGAGCCGGAGCCCCACCCCCCAGGGCCCAGAGACCCCAGCUCAGCGGUGGUGGUGACGGUGGGUGAUGAGGUGGGUGAUGAGCUGGAGGCCCCGGAGCCCAUCACCCGCGGGCCGACCCCACACCGGCCCGGUGCCAACCCCAACCCCAGCCUGUCGGUGAGCGUGGCGUGCCCCGUGGAAGAGGAGGAGGAGGCGGCCGAGCCCAAGAGCUACUGGAGCCGCCACUACAUUGUCGAUCUGCUGGCCGUGGUGGUGCCCGCGGUCCCCACGGUGGCCUGGCUCUGCCGCUCCCAGCGGCGCCAGGGCCAGCCCAUUUACAACAUCAGCUCCCUGCUGCGGGGCUGCUGCACGGUGGCCUUGCACUCCAUCCGCAGGAUCAGCUGCCGCUCGCUGAGCCAGCCGGGCCCCAGCCCCGCCGGCGGCUCCCAGCUCUGAGGCCUUCCUGGCCAGGGGCUCGGGCGGCCUGACCCCUGAUUGUCAGGGUGCCGUCCUCCCUCUCGCCCAUCCCCGUGGGGCAUCAUCUUACUUAGUUCUGGGUUCGGAAGUGGUGUUUUCUGGAUGUUAACAGUGUGGGGGCUGGGCGUCGGAGCCUGGACAGGAGAGAGGGGAAAAGAGACCAAAGGCAGGGAGGCCCGCUGUAGGACCGAGUGCAGGGGAGUCCUCACCCCGGCCCCUCCGCUCAGCCCUUCACAAGGGCGGCCCCUGCUCAGGAAGUCUCUGGUGUACUGAGCUGGAGAGGCUGGACCUCAGUUGCCCACUUCAGUCUCCCCAUCCUCCACCCACCACAUCCUGUUCAGUUCCCUGAUCACUCCACACCACCCCUGCCCUCAGCCCGGCGUCUGGACCAGUAUUAUCUCCUCAGGUGCAGGCAGCUGCGACCCAAAGUGCAGGCUCCUGGCCCAGGACUGCGAGCAGAGCCUGAACUGCCGGGCCUGGCUGGAGCCCCAGCCCCUCAGACUGCUCCACACUUGGGCGAAAGGUGGAGAUGGGCAAGAGGGGCAGAGGGCAGUGUGGGUUCUGCAUCUGUCGGCCCCAGACCUUCCCUACGGUCCACUUUCCUCCUGACAUGUCUGGGCGUCAGAUAAUUCUUCCUGUGAGAGCUAAGCCAGACGGCUCGGUGCUGGGGGAGGAAGGCUCCUCUCCAGAGUGCCAGCACGAGGAGAGGAGGCGGGCUGGCAGCUCGGGCCCCUCCGGCCUGAGAUGAGGCCCUGUGGUCUGGGAGGCCGGGCUGCACUCAGCAGUCCUCAGCUGGUGUGGACAGCCAAGGCCAUGACGGCCCUGCAGCGCACCCUGACUUUCUCUGGGGCCUCAGGCCCAACUUCUGCUUUGCACUGUGCUCACUCGGGGCUUGGUUCUCAUGUAUCCGGACCUCCUGAAAGGGGGCUGCUUACUGUCUAGGGUGAGGGUUCCUGGAUCUUAGACUCAUGUGCCUCAGGGGGAAUUACUGCAGGAUGAAUGGCAAGACGGAACUGAAGCCAUGUUGUCAUCCAAGCCAAAGCAGGUGCCCUGGGUGUUUCGUGGGGAGCGAGGGGGGAGCCCGCAGACACCCUGCUUCCGGCCCAAGCCCAGCCUGGGAAGGCUCACUGUCCUCCCUCCAUCCCCAGGACCACAUCAGGGCCCCCAGAAACGCUGCUGACCUUUUAUUACCAUUACUAGUGCCCCGGUACACGGAUUCAUGCACAUUGAAGGGAAAUUAAUUAGAAGGUGGCUGGUGGGGCGGGACUGGGCGAGACAGGCCAGACAUGCCCUGGAGCCAA